ACACUUCCCCGAAAAGCAAUGGCAGGUUCGGGGAGGGAGGAGACAAAAAACAGCAGAGGUUCAGAUUCUGACCCCGGCCCGCACACCCCCGUGCUGCGCGUCAACCAGCUAGAUGCCUUAGAGCUGGACUCCGCUCUUGAGAAGCUGGUAUGGACCCAGUUCUCCCAGUGUUUCCAGAACUGUCAGCCGGGCCUUCUCACUCCCGUGGAGCCGGAGCUGCGAGCCCUGCUCCAACUGCUCCUGUGGAGGUUCACCCUCUACUCCAACAGCGCCACCGUGGGCCAGUCUUUACUCAGCUUGCGCUACCACAACGCCCUCUCCUCUUCUGCCCGCUACAGGCCUCUGUCCCGCAGGCAAAAGCUAGGUCUAGCCCUGCUCGUUGCAGGUCCCCGCUGGCUCCAAGAGCGAUCCCACAGCCUGCUGCUCUCCCUGGGUUUGGGGACGAGUGGAGGAGGCCCCCUGGUUGGAGGAGAUGGCGGUCGGCUCCGCCAGUAUCUCCGCAAUAUCGUGGCACUCAUUUCUGGUAUCACCCAGGUUGCCAGCCUCAUCAACUUCCUUAUCUUCCUGAGGAGGGGACGCCACCCUGUGCUGGCAGAAAGGAUUGUGGGGGCGCAGGCGGCCUUCAGCAAACCCAACGCUGUCCGGGACAUAACGUACCAGUAUAUGAACCGAGAGCUGCUCUGGCACGGUUUCGCCGAGUUCCUCAUCUUCCUCUUACCCUUGAUCAAUACAAGGAAAAUCAAAGCGGCCGCGUAUGCGCUUCUCUUCGGCGGAGAAGGAGCAGCUGGGGAUAGAGCGAGGGAAGGAUCCGGUCUGUGGAAAGAGUGCGGGCUAUGUGGAGAGUGGCCGACCAUGCCUCACACCACGGGCUGUGGACAUGUCUUCUGCUACUACUGCAUCAAGAGCCACGCCAUCGCAGACGCAUAUCUCACCUGUCCCAGGUGCGGUACGGAGGUGGGGAAACCUGAGCCAGUCAAGCUGGAGGUGGAGGUGGAGAUGGACGCCAGCUGAUGUUGUCAGAAGAGGUCACUUCUGGAUAUACAGGGAGCUGAUAUAAGGAAAUUUCUUUUCAAAUGAAGGGACAUCAUUGGAAAAUUACGAUGGGGGUAAAGGGCAUGGUUUUGUAAUCAUAUGGGCAGACAAAUGAACUUAAUGUAUGUCUUGCUGCAGCAAGGAGACUCGCAGCUCCCUACUGUUUCAUAUCCACCAUCUUUCCACAUUGUAAACAAAGGCCACUAUAAAGAUUGCCUCAUAUGAACCGAUUUCGUUUGAGUAAAAUGAAUUAAUGAAUGUUGUCUUUGCAGCCCUCCCAUAGGAGGACACACAGAAGGCUGGGACAAGUAUGUGAGGACUUCAGAUUCAAUGAUGUCUGUGUUUUCUGAACACACAUGGACUAGCCAUGUUUAAUGUAUGUGUGCAUAUAUUGACAGUCCUGUGGCCCCUCUUAUUUUUGCGGCUGGACUUUGGACAGAACUAUUUGUCUUUGGUGCACUGGACUGACUGCAGAAAACCACACGGAGAAUAUAUUUGAUUAAGGAACGUGUUGAUUUAUGCUCCAAAUUGUGUGUGUGUGCGCGCGCGCGCGCAAGCACGUAUGUAUUAGUUGAAAUGGGAAUAUUUGUUCAGAUGAAAAAUGCAGAAAGUCAGCUGAAUAAAUAAUGGGGGGGAAUUUCUGAUGCUUCUCAUCAUGGCCAAAUUAGCAUUUGUUGUGUAUUUUGUGCCUAAAUUCUACUUCAGCAUCAUUAAAAUUGAUA